GUGUCUGUGCUGCGCAGCUCCCUACGCGGUCGCCGCCGCGGACGGUUGGGAGGGAGAGACUGUUGUCGGGAGCGCCACCCGCGGACGGUUGGGAGGGAGAGACUGUUGUCGGGAGCGCCACCCGCGGACGAAGCGGCCGUCCCUGCCCGCCCGCCGCGACCGUCGGAGUCGGCGUUACUAGCGCCCCACAGGGUAUCUGAAGUAGAAGGGGCAUUUAAAUCAAGCGAUAUUGAAAUGGAUUGGGUUAUGAAACAUAAUGGUCCAAAUGACGCUAGUGAUGGGACAGUGCGACUUCGAGGACUGCCAUUUGGUUGCAGCAAAGAGGAAAUAGUUCAGUUCUUUCAAGGGUUGGAAAUCGUGCCAAAUGGGAUAACAUUGACGAUGGACUACCAGGGGAGAAGCACAGGGGAGGCCUUCGUGCAGUUUGCUUCAAAGGAGAUAGCAGAAAAUGCUCUGGGGAAACACAAGGAAAGAAUAGGGCACAGGUACAUUGAGAUCUUCAGGAGUAGCAGGAGUGAAAUCAAAGGAUUUUAUGAUCCACCAAGAAGAUUGCUGGGACAGCGACCGGGACCAUAUGAUAGACCAAUAGGAGGAAGAGGGGGUUAUUAUGGAGCUGGGCGUGGAAGUAUGUAUGACAGAAUGCGACGAGGAGGUGAUGGAUAUGAUGGUGGCUAUGGAGGUUUUGAUGACUAUGGUGGCUAUAAUAAUUAUGGCUAUGGAAAUGAUGGCUUUGAUGACAGGAUGAGAGAUGGAAGAGGCAUGGGAGGACAUGGCUACGGUGGAGCUGGUGAUGCAAGUUCAGGUUUCCAUGGUGGUCAUUUUGUGCACAUGAGAGGGCUGCCUUUUCGUGCGACUGAAAAUGAUAUUGCUAAUUUCUUCUCACCACUCAAUCCAAUACGAGUUCAUAUCGACAUUGGAGCUGAUGGCAGAGCAACAGGAGAGGCAGAUGUAGAGUUUGUGACACAUGAAGAUGCCGUGGCUGCCAUGUCUAAAGAUAAAAACAACAUGCAACAUCGAUACAUUGAACUCUUCUUGAAUUCCACCCCUGGAGGUGGCUCUGGAAUGGGAGGCUAUGGCAGAGAUGGAAUGGAUAAUCAAGGAGGAUAUGGAUCUGUUGGGAGAAUGGGAAUGGGGAACAACUACAGUGGAGGAUAUGGCACUCCUGAUGGCUUGGGAGGUUAUGGUCGUGGUGGUGGAGGCGGUGGAGGUUACUAUGGGCAAGGUGGAAUGAGUGGAGGUGGAUGGCGUGGGAUGUACUGAAAACACCACCACCAACGUACAAGUCCUAACAACAACAUCUGUCUACUAGACUUUCUUACGGAUUUAAUUUCUUUUGUAUUUCAAGAACUUUAUAAUGACUGAAGGAAUGUGUGUUUUCAAGAUAUUAUUUGGUAAAGCAACAGAUUGUGAUGGGAAAAUCUGUUUUCUGUAGGUUUUAUUUGUUGCAUACUUUGACUUAAUAAAUUUUUAUAUUGAAACCACUGAUGUUGCUACUUUUUAUAUAUAGGUACUCUUAAAGAUGUGUUGCCUUCAUAAGAUUUGGGAUGAUGUAUUUUACUGUUAGCUCUACAAAAAGUAGCAUGGUGCAAUGUGAGUGGACAAGACUGUAAGUUUUAGCACACAUCUGGGAUGGAUAGAGCUUGAGUAGUUAGCUAGCUUUCUUUCCUGGACACCCUGUAAAUAAAAAGCCUAAAGAUGCAUUCAAGUGGCUUCAGGAAUAUAAGUUCAGUUAAUUCUGCAUUCUCUUUUCAAUCUCAUUUAUCAAGCAUAGCUCUGAAUAAUUUUGUAAGAGAGGUAUCUGGAUUCUAAAUAGCCGAAAUUGUGUUUUGAAUUAAUUAUGGACCCAGGGACAUGGGAGUAGUAGUUGAAAUUAUAGCCCUAGAUUUUAAAAUCCUCAUAGCACUUGCCCAAGAUACCAAAAAUGUUUCCAAAAUUUGAGUUUAUUGGAGUAACUAAGAAUUCUCACUGAUGACAGAACUCGGUGUAAAUACAUGGGUAUUUACUAUGAAAGAUAUAUUCUUGUGUUUUCAGUUUCUUACCUAAGAAAACAGGGUUUUUAAAUUGUGUAAAUGACUGCAUUUAGAAAAAUGUAAAACAAUGCUACAGCUGGAUUUUGCAUCUGGUACUGGUUUUGAGUAUUUAAGCUCUGUUUAGUAAGGGAAGGGUACUUUCUAAUCUUAUCACUUUGAUCAAUGUGGCUUUCCCCUAAAUUGGCUAAUGGAUCAGAUUGAAACCUGUCAAUGUGAACUCAGCUAUUGAACUUGUUACUUGUUUUUUGCUAGAAAUGUUAUUCAUUUAAUAAAUGUCAACAUGGGAGAAAAA